UAAAUUUUAAAGAAAAAUCAACAGCCUCUUCGGCUGAGUUUGUCACGUUGUUACAACUGCGAGAACGAUAACAGAUAACAGAAUGGAAAAGUGCGGUUAACCGCAUGCUUCAGCGAUACUUUUUUCCAGCAUGCCGAAGCCGAAGGAAAUACAGUGGAAACUGUGGAAAUUGGUCUCAUGUGAUCUAGUUUGCCAACAUGAUUACAAUAAGGAUCUGAAACAGUCACAAGGAUGAAAUUCUUUGUUCCUGUGCUUCACAGAAACCUGCAAAAUAAUGCAGAUUGAGGCCUGAAGUGUUGUCUCAAGAAGAAUUUGCAAACAAAUCUGGGACUCAAUGGAACAUCAUUCAACCCCAUCUUCCUUUCUCAUGUUUGAGAGAAGAAGAGAUAAAGCAGUUGAUUCCUCAAUCAUGGAAUUGGAGUGGAAGAGCUCUAAAUUGACAGCAGGAGAGGAUCUUAUGGGAGAAAAUGAUGAUAGCUCCUCUAUUUCGAGUUUAAGCUCCAAAGAACUUUUAAUCAAUCAAGAUUUUCACGCUAGUCCAUUAAGAUUUUUUGUUAUUUUGUUCUACUGCCUUUUAUCUUUUUCGCAGGUUGUCAUCAAUAACACAUGGGGUCCAAUAGCAGACUCAGUUUUAUUUGCGUUCCCAGAGUGGAAGCCAAACGUCAUCACCUUGCUCGCAAACUGGAAUAGUUUGACAGUGCUUGUCUUCAUCUUUCCUGCAGUCUGGUUUCUCAACAAAAAAGGUUUGCGCUUUUCCUUCAUGGUUGCAAGUGGACUUAGCUGCGCAGGAGCUGCUUUGAGAUGUUUGCCAGUGCCCUCUCAUAUUUUUGUGUGGCUGUUGCAUGUGUGUGCAGUCCUUAACGCUGUUGCUGGAAUUCUGCUCGGCCCGUCAAUUGUCAUGCUCUCAUCUCUAUGGUUUCCUCCAAAUGAAAGAACCACAGCAACAGGAAUUGGAACAGCUUUCAGUUUACUGGGAAUAGCUGGUAGCUAUUCUCUAGGUCCACUCAUAGUCCACACUGAACCGCCCAAUCCAGAAUUGAACAAUCUUUUGAAAUCAUUUCCGCAAGAGAAUGUUGCAGAGACUGGUUGCAUCGAUUAUUUACGCUCAGCUAUUCGACGAGAAAUAAAACAGUACAUGUUCAUUUGUUUUGGAUUUGAGGCACUGUUGUUGAUUGGAACUCUUUUAUUAUUCCCUGAAAAACCAUUCAAUCCCUGUAGCAGAGCAUCAUGCAUCUCAUUAGUUUGCAAAUACAGUUUCAAAGAUUCGUUUCGAAGUAUAAUCAGAAAUCGUAGCAUUUGGGCUUUGUGCAUAUCUGCCGGAUUGAGUACUGGAAUGACAGUUCCGUGGGUCUCUCUUUUGACAAUUACACUUUCCCAUAGAGAAAUCCCUCAGACUGCAGCUGCACGAUUAGGACUGUGGACAAUUGUUAGUGCGUCUGCCUUGGGUCUGUCGGUGAGCCGCUUUUCAGACAUGUUUCAGGGGUACCUCAAACACACAAUCCUUGCUUUCCUCCUCACCUCCGCCCUAACAUUUGCCGGAAUUUUAUGGCUCUUUCUCACUUGGGACCCUGCCUAUCAAGACAAACUUAUGUUGUUAAUCUUACUGGGGGUAUCAACAUCGUGGUCUACGCAAGCUCUUUUCUACGAAUUGGGAUCUGAAAUGGCAUACCCUGUCCCUGGCGGAGUCAUCGCUGGAUUCAUGACUUGGCUCUCAAGUUUGUGUACUGCCAUUGUUUACAUUUUCCUCUAUCUGUGUCCAAAUAUUGAUGACUCAUGGUUGACUCUUGGCGCAGUCAUGUACAACAUAGCAGCGUUUUUUGUGCUAUUAUCGGUCAAAGUAAAUUACAACAGAUCUGCUGUAGACAGAAAAAGUUGAAAAUUCCUUCAGUGGAAACAUGCUGGCCCAAGUUUGACGACAACUUUUUCGGACCAUGUCACCAAAUCGCCCAACUCCAUGUCCAUCACAGGUGAGGAAUUCUUAAUCCAUGCAAUAGUGUUCUGCACUUUUUCACCAUCAUAGUCCGUGUAAGGCGAGUCAUCAUUGUAGUCAGGAGGACUUGCAGGGCCCUGUCAUUUUAGGAACAAAGAAGAAUGGGAACGGAUGAUGUUUGCAAGCGAACAUCUUCAGUUUCAAGGAAGGCCAAAAGGUGUAGCAUGUGCGGAGAGCUUUAUAUGAAUUUCCCAAUGCGAUGAAUUUAAACAAAUGAUGGAAUUUUUUUGCAUCAGCCAUUACCUUUGGUCCCAUUGGCCCAGGAAGACCAGGCGCGCCAGGCAUUCCUCGCUCUCCAGGUAGACCAUCUGUACCUCUCUCUCCAAGGUUUCCUGAAAGUCAAAAAGCACUACUCCAAAAUUUCUUCAAAGUCAUCAUUUCUUCAUCAAAAGAGUGAACGCAAUGUUCCAUUGUAUAAGCUAGUGUUAGAAAUUAGUGUAUCUUAAAACUGGCAACUGUUGUGUUGCUCGUUGACCGCCUCAUUUGUUGCUCCAGGCCCCCCACAGCCAUUGGUGGGCCCUGGGGUCGGAUCAGUCAGCGGGCCCCCCUUUUAGUAAACUAUCUAAGGGGGCGAUUUUUGAACAAUUUGAACUGAAUGAUACGGCAAGGUGCCGUUGAGAGACAAUGUGAUUGCCGGACUAUCUUCCCGGAAAUGGGGAGGGGAGGUUCUCUCAGAGAUUCGAAGUUGGCGCACGGCCUCGCGAAAUUGUCAUCAUUGAGAACCUCCGAAAAUGAAUGAUACGAGAAAACAAAAUAAUAUGUACUUUCAACUGAAAUAUUCCUUAAUUUAACAGAACCUAAUCUUGUUUAAAUUAUUGCGGCAGUUGCCCCGUGCAGAAAUGAGGAAGGGUAUGAAUAACUUUGUGCUACCUUAAACAGGCGAGCCAGUCAAAGGAAGGUAACCUUAAACAGGCGUACCCGGGAAUGACUUCGUGCUACCUUAAACAGGCGAGCAAGUCAAAGGAAGGUAACCUUAAACAGGCGUACCCGGGAUAGUAUGAGAGGAAUGACUUCGUGCUACCUUAAACAGGCGAGCCAGUCAAAGGAAGGUAACCUUAAACAGGCGUACCCAGGAGGUGAGUGGUGCAGAGCGCAUACUGAACUAACAGCCGUUCCGCGGCUGUAUUUAUAUGGGAGCCCAGGAACUGGUUUGUUAUACAACAAACCAGUCGCUUAUGUAACUGAGCUGGUGUGAAAACUGGUUCGUUAUGUAACAAGCGACUCCGAAGGUAAACGCUGUUGCCAGACUACCUGUGUCCUGGACAUGAACCAACAGUGAAAGCUUUUUGUAAAAUGGUUAAAAUUGCUUUUUUUCAAAACUCACCACUUUCAUUUAGUAUAUUUUAUGUUGACGCAUUUCAAGACCGAUUCAAGGUCCCUUCUUCAGCAUCCGGGUUUUUUGUACAUUCCUGACAAGCUGUGGUUUGAAUUCAAUAUCGUGGCCUUCAGAAAAAAGUUGAGGGUUCUCUGGAUUAAGUUGAGGGUUAUCUGGAUUUAGUUGAGGGUUAUCUGGAUUUAGCUGUCUCUUCACAGUUGAUUGACGAGUGACUGACUGGCGGUUUACUUUGCAGCAGUGAUGUAACGCUCCACUCAACGGGCUCCUUCGACUCCUUUCGCUGCAGCUCUUAUGGUAUAUUGAGCCACAUUUUGGACAUUUGGCAAUAGAUCUGGUAGAAUUUCUGCCGCACACAGCACAAAAUGACUUUUUUACUUCCAUGAUGAUUGAGAGCCAAGGGGAGAUUGAUCUUUAUUGAUAUUUAUUAUUGAUAUUUAUCUACGCAAUUGCUCCCAAAGUUGAGUGUUCAGAUGAGUAUAUCUAGUACCUGUUUGAAAAAUUUGAGCAGAGGACGUACAUCCUUAAUGGACAUUUUGUGAAUCAGGACUUCUUCAAAUGCCAUCCAUGGGUCAGCAACUGGAUAGAAUGUUAUGCAUGGAGCUGACUGCCUUCCCUUACCUAGAAUUUCAGGGAAAUUAAAGAGCUGAGCAUACUUACAAAAGAUUCAAGGUGCUGAGAGGAGCUUCCACGAUCUACGAAGGUGCUACAAGAGUGACUUCGGUGGCAAAAGCAAUAACGCGUGGCACAAUGAUAAAUGAUAAGACAAGUCGGUCCCUUUAAGGGUUUUUCAGACUGACUCAAAUAUCUCAUCACCAUUCACUUUUAGAUUUUUAGUGGCUUCUAUGAAUUCAAAGGUGUUUCGUAUAAUCAAGCUUUCAUAUUUCUCUAGGUUAUUUAAUUUCCCCACUAACCAUUUCGCAAUGUUGUAAGUUGGGGCAUUAAUCUGACUUACUGUAGGUCUCGUUAUAUUCCCAGGUUUAUGGACUUGAGGUUCUAGCGCUAAUGAUAUUUGAAUAUUUAUCUUGUAGAUACUGACCAAUCACGUUAAUCGUUUACUAUGAUUCUACAAGUAGUGUAUUUUAAAGGGAUAAAACAAUCACAUCUUUCGUAAGAGAUUAGUUUUGCGUAGUUCUCAAUAAGGUUAUUAGCAUAAAAGGUUGAGUGUAUAGUUUGAGCACCGCUGGUUUGGCAAUUUUUAACUUUUUCUUCUCUCCAUCUGUGAGUAUUAUUUUGAUGGUUUUAGAAAGAGCUUUUCAGAGAUUUCCACUGUGUGUAACAGUUUCUGUGCCUAGAUAAGUUUUUAUGGGAGGGUAAGCGAUCGUAUAAUUUUUUCCAGAGAAUUUUCUCAGGACAGAAUCCUUUUUUUUUUGCUAGAUCACUGCGAUUAGCGAAUGAUCUAUACUUAUGCUCGAACAAGAUACAUGGCAUGCAAUGCAGUGUUUUUUCAGAGGCACUCCAGAUUAGCCAAUGGCAAGGAUAUUUCUCCCUUUCGUUAUUGGAUUUGGAGUAAAGGAAAAACUCCGUAUAAGAUUGGCCAUUCGUGUCUUUUGGUAACAGUCUCAACUGUGUGAUAAAGUCAUCAAAUGCAGAGGCACAAUGUACAAUUUCAACUCGAUUAGCGUCUUCGAUGGUUUUUGGCCACUUUUGGGGAUCUCCAAGGUCAUUCACAUUAUAAUCGACUUUUUCGUUUUCCCUCCUUUGCACCAGAGCACUACUUUCACUAUCACAUUUGUGAACUUCACCGUCAGUAAAAUCAAAGUCACUUGAGUGCGGCUCAGCAUUUUUUACGCCGGGAAUGGAACCUGAUGCUGCUGAACUCGUACACGGCGCGAGAGUUUGAGUCUUAUCUAGCUCGAUUUUUUUAAAAAAAUUGGUGAUGUUCUGACGACCUUUUGUAUUGGCAGCAUCUCGCGCCGCGCUUUCGCUCUCAAUGAGUCAAAUAUACUUAGAGCUAUCAUGAAAUUUUGCAAGCAUGAGAGUAAUAUUUCUGUGUCCUGGACAGUAUAUUGACACAUGAAGUAAUUUUAUAAUCAGGCGCCACCCUCAGCGUCAAUGACGACCAUGAGAAGUGCUAGAAGUUCUGCUGAAGCCAUUUAAGAAUGUGGUUUUGGGUGUCCAGCAUUCAGCUGCUGGGGACACAAAAAUUGAUAAGAGGAGUCUCCUAUCCCAGGGGCCGACGCAAGCCUGUCUGGGCCUCGAACAAAAUCUCAAUCAAUAAUAUUAUUUUGCUUUUGCCGGCAGAUUGGUAAUAUAAAUGGAAACUUGUUCCUGCCAGCUACAAUCUAGCCGAUAAGCGUGAAUAUUCCAAUAAGUGACCUUUCUUUCU